CGUGUCGGCUGUAGCUUCCGAUCAUGAUCACGACUUCAAGGCUGCCACCGCCAGUAGAAGUCCAAAGUGAUCAGCUCUGGUGGCGGACCGUGGUUCAUGCUGGCACAGGAAGCCCGUAACCGUUUCUUCUUGAUUCCUGACCGUACACGAUGUAUUUUCCUAUAAAUCCAGAAGCCAUUCAAGAUGGGGUUCAGGACCACUGGUGCUCUUCUCUCUUCUGUGUCCUGGUACCCCAGCUCUUCAGCAUUAUGAAGAGGUCUUUGUGCUAUCUUGUUACCAUCCUCGGGCUUUCUCAGUGUCUUUCUCUGAAGCGAGACCGUAACGAUGGCAUUCAUCUCGCUGUUGGGCCUCGUUGUGGCACCCUCAAUGGCAACGUCUCUGAUAUUAACGCUGGAGUGAAUCCUUAUCACUUCAAGACCGUUGUUUCAUUUGGGGACUCCUACACGGACGGCGGCGUCAACGACGGCUCUGCCUCUUGCCCCAGCUGGGGGAGAUCCACAGACGGUCCUGUGUGGAUCGAAUGGGUCGCGAAUGCUACCGGGGCGAAACUGAUGGAUUAUGCUCAAUCCGGGGCGUGCAUCGACCUUGCGCUCUGGCCGAGUAAUCCUCGCAAGGUCGACUUCCUUGGGCAGAUGUCAAUAUUCCUCAAUCAGUCGAAUGUGUUGGAUCCAGACACCACUCUGUACAGUAUCUUUUUUGGCAUCAAUGACUAUAUUGCCUCCUUAAUUGAUGGUGAUCACAUGCAAGAGGCUGCACAAGUGCUCCUCGACCAGAUUAAGAUUUUGUCCAGUGCUCCUACCAAUGGCCGCUCGUUCAUGGUUCUAGAUGUUUACGGCCGAGGCACGCACACGCCAUCUGGGGAAGCCUUCAAGCAAACCAUCUAUAACGGUCUAAGCGAUUUUCACAUCGGUUCUGAUAAGUUAAAUGUGGCGUAUGUGGAUUUCUCUCGGAUCUGGGAUGGCGUUCUUGGAACGACUCCAGGAUAUGAGGCAUUUGGAUACACGAGUACUAACGAUUGUGUCGACUGCUCCGAGAACUGUGACGCCAAUGGGUGGUGCUUGGAUCCGGCGCACUAUUUCUACUGGAUUUCAGGGCAUCCAUCUAACGAGACCAUGCGGAUUAUGGCGGACUAUGUCCAUGAUGUUCUGACGGAAUGUCAGGUAGCCUAAGGAUCCAUAUCUACGAAUUGAAGAAGUACUAGUUUACAUUCCUUACAAUGACGACGGUUUUUCAAAAAUUA